UAUUUUGCAUGUAACUAGGGACGAAAUGCCGCUAACUCAUAUCUUUCCCAAGUUAACGACAAAUGUUAGGUCUAUACUAUGCUAAUGCAGUUCACUGUUUUAGCUGUGAAGGUUCAGUCGAUGCUACUCCGACCUUCUUAUGCCAUAUCCAAGAUUUUAGGAUAUUCAACACAAGUUCAACCAAAUGAUGACGUAGAAAACACAAUUUUGCCGCCUGACAAAGGUGCAGUGACUCCACAGCUAGAUCCCUUGAAACACCCAGACUUCUUUAAGGUUCAUCAGUUGUUCACAGUCCGUGAUCUGUUUGAUGCUCGAGUGCAUUUUGGCCAUCGUGAAGGAUCUUUGGAUGAACGAAUGAAACCAUUCAUUUUUGGGUCCCGCCUUGGCCACUUAAUUUUUGACCUCGACAUCACAGCAUACCAUUUGCGCCAGGCACUCAACUUCACAGCACACAUAGCUGCCAGGGAUGGCAUUAUUCUCUUCAUAGCUCGUGGUGCUCAGAAUGCCCAUCUUGUUGAACGCACAGCACGUGAAUGUCAGGAGUUUGCUCACACCAGGUACUGGCGUGGGGGCGUAUUUACUAAUGCAGACAUGCAGUUUGGUGCUGUUACACGGUUACCGGAUCUGUGUAUAUUCUUGAACACACUGAACACCAUCCUCACACAGCAUGUUGCAGUGAGAGACUCAGCCAAAAUGUGCAUCCCCACUGUUGGCAUCGUUGAUACAAACUGUAACCCAAACCUAGUGACAUACCCAGUGCCAGGAAAUGAUGACACACCAUGCAGUGUGGAAUUGUACUGUAAACUUUUCAAGGAGGCCAUACGGAGAGGUAAGGAAUACAAGAAGCUGAAAGAAGCAGAGGAGACAAAAUGAGUCUGCAUUAGUCAUAAAAAA